AUGUUGAAGUGGAUUCAAGGUGGUAUCUCUGCGGUUACUGGGUUGGCUGAGCCUGAGUAUGGUAAGGAAUUUAUUCACUCAGCGGCAGAUAAAGUAAAUGAACAACAGAUCAAUCCAUUCAAUACUGCUACUAGUGAUGAUUUGAAAUGGCUAUGUCCUGAUUAUACUAAUGUUGAAACAUCGACCUUUUACGUAAAUGAUUUAAAUACAGGCAUCAUCGGACUGGCGCAAGUUAUACAUUCCAAUAUUGUUGGUCUUCAUCAAACUGCUCAAUUUAAUUGUAGAAUUGUUGAUUCAAAUGAUGUUAAGAAUUUCAAUGUUUGGACCUCGACAAAGUUGGAGAAUUUUAGAAUCGAUGGAACCAAUUUUUAUGCUGAUAAUUUAAAGAUCGAAUUGAAUGAAGAUGGAAACCAAUUCCAUGUUGUAGCAAAUGUGAACGAAAUUGUGAGCUUAGAUUUAUUUUUCACUAGAGUCACAGACGGUUGCAAACUGGGUAAUGAUCCAAAUACAUAUUUUGGUGAUAAUGUUGAAGAACCUUGGGGUAAAAUUAGACAUAUAUUCUGGCCAAGAAAUAAACUUGUAGGUACAAUCAAUAUAAAAUAUGAGGAGCCAAGGGAAGAACAAGGAAAUCAAAAAGAGGGAGAAGAAGAACAACAAUUGAAAUCGUUCAUUGAAAAGACAAUAAAGUUUACUGAAGAAAAACCUGCACUGUCCAUGUUUGUUCUUGCUUUCCAAGGUAUGAAACCUCAUCAUGCUGCUAAAGCUUGGAAUUUUAUUAAUUUUCAAUCGGAUGAAUAUUCUGUCAUUUUAAUUGAGUUUAUAACCCCAAAGUCUUACGCAAAUACAAAAGUUUCAAUUGGUAUUGUAACAGAUAGUGAAAAGAUUCUGUCGGUAGCCACAAAUAACAACUUCGAACAUAUCGAUUCCACCGUAGAUUCUAUUGGCUGGCCUGUUCCAAAAGCAAUCAAGUGUACAUUCAAUGGUAUUUCAGCGGACUUAAGUGACGAUCAAGUAAAGAAGAUGUACGGCGAGAAUAAUGGUACAUUGAAAGAGCAAGAAAUUGCUGUGGUAAACGUUAAUUUAACAAACUUGAUUGAAAGAAUCGAUGUUAUGAAUGAAAUUCCACAAUUUGUGAAGAACAUCGUUUCCGGUGUUGCCGGUACAAAACCAUACAUAUAUCAAUACGCAGGGGAUGAAGAUUUCAAUAUCGAAAUUAACAACAAAAAAGUCAAGGGAUUGGGUAUGCUUGAGGUUAUAUUUAUUUCGGAACAUGAUGAUGAAGAACUUGUAAAUGCUGUCGCUGCUGUCAAGCUAUCCGAUGAAUGA